GGCGGUGCAGCUGCGUCGCAUUGCGUUUUGCGGUUGCAUUGGUGUCUCGCACGCACGCACGCGGCUUGGUUUUUGCCGCAUAAAUAUUUCUGCAGCUGCUGCCUGUCCCUGAGUUGUACCCACUCUGUUUAUGGUGGUUUUUUUUUCCCUCUCUCAUCCUCUUCUUCUCCACCCCACCUACCUCCCCUCCCCUGCAGCGGCUCUCUGCCUGAUCCUGAUUUCCCCAAUUGAGGCCAGGGAGGGAAGAGGCGAGCGCCUGCACUGCACUGCACACCGCGCCUCGAUUAGUGUCUCCCAGAUCCGCCACUCCGGCCGGUCCCCCCCCCCUGCUUCUUCCUCGCUGCCGGCAGCCGCCAAGGAGAGAUCUUUCUGCGUGGUGGUGGAGUGGAGGUGGUGCAGAGUGUUCUUUGCCAUCGAGCUCGGCGGAGUGGUGGUGCUAGCUUAGGUAGCUGUGUGUGGGGGGAAGCGGCUGGGUUUGUGGGGGCAGUACCAUGAGAAGAUGAUGCGCGCCAAGGCCAAAGGUACAUUCCCGCCGCCGCCGGCGAUGAGGGAGAGCUGUACUCCGGUGCAGCCUGCUGCCGCGGCGGCGAAGGAGGAUGAGUGGGAGGUGCGGCCGGGGGGCAUGCUGGUGCAGAAGCGGAGCCCGGAGUCCGACGCCCCUGCCGCGCCCGUCCCCACCAUCCGCGUCAAGGUCAAGUUCAACGGCGUCUACCACGAGAUCUACGUCAACUCGCAGGCUUCCUUCGGUGAGCUGAAGAAGCUGCUGUCGGCGCAGACGGGGCUGCACCCGGAGGACCAGAAGAUCGUGUACAAGGACAAGGAGAGGGACUCCAAGGCGUUCUUGGACAUGGCCGGCGUCAAGGACCGCUCCAAGAUGGUGCUCCUCGAGGACCCCGCCGCGCAGGCCAAGCGCCUCCUCGAGCAGCGCCGCACCGACAAGGCGGAGCGCGCCGCCAAGUCCAUCUCCCGCAUCGGCCUCGACGUCGACAAGAUCGCCGCCAAGGUGACUGCGCUGGAGGGCAUCGUCGCCAAGGGCGGGAAGGUGGUCGACGCCGACGUGGUCACGCUCACCGAGGCGCUGAUGAACGAGCUGGUCAAGCUGGACGCCAUCGCCGCCGAGGGCGAGGUCAAGGUGCAGAGGCGAAUGCAGGAGAAGCGGGUGCAGAAGUACGUGGAGUCGCUGGACGCCAUCCGCGCCAAGAACGCGGCGGCGCACAAGGCCAACGGCAACGGCCACCACGCCAAGGCCGCCCGGGCGCCGCACCUCCCGCCGCGCCCGCCGCCGGUGUCGCAGCGGCGGCAGUUCCAGGCGCCGCCGGCGGCGCACACCGCUCCAAAAACCACCGCCUCUCCGGCGCCGGCGCCGCCCACGGCGAGCUGGGAGUCGUUCGACCUGCUGUCGUCGACGCCGUCCACGUCGUCGUCCACCGUGACGACCACCAUGGCCGCCGCCACCACCACCUCGCCGAUCCCACGGUUCGACUGGGAGCUCUUCUAGCUAGCUUCCCCGAUCGGUACACUACACUACACUACACACUUCACCUUUCUUGUCCAUUCAUCUCGGGAGCUCAUCGAUCGGUGGCCGGUCUCCUCCACUCCCUGAUCAUUAGCGCUCGCCAUUGUUUCUUUGAUUUCUUCUGUUCAUUCUUCCUCUUCUUCUUCUUCAUGUUUCUUUUCCUUUCGAGUGUAUAUCUACAAAAAAAGAAGAAACGCAACGCCCUGCAGAUCGAGUGUGUUCAGUCAGUCAGUCAGUUCAGCUCAUCCUAGUUCAUCCAUCCAUCCACGCAUUGUCACACAGCAAAAAUAAAUGGUGGUGGACUGGUGGCAUCAUGAUGAAGAUCGAAUUUUCUCGGUGACACUAUAUGAUGAAUAUAUAAAAAAAGACAGCAUGUAUAUGUGAUUCACACA